AUGGAAAGCCCGAGAUACCUAAGGAGACAGGCUGUACUGUAUGCUGUGCCUCUCUUCUUGAUGGCAAGCCAUUUUCCCGGGCCGCAUCUAUUUGCUCUAUCCAUUCCCUCCUCUCUAGCUGCAUUUAUCGUUCCAGGUACCAAGAGAAGAAUGUGUGUGUCAAACUCGCUGUUUAUUCUCUCUCUGCUGUUUCCAAGCCUGUACUUCGUGUGCUAUGGAUUCACAAUCGCAGCAGUGUAUGUAUCUGUAAGUAACCUUUGUAUGGACAGAUUCCACGGAGAAGUCCUGAGAAUAGCAGGGAUGAUGGAGUCUAUGGGAAUGUUGCUAUCGUUGUACUCGCUGAACAGCCGUGCUGUGUCGCUGUGCCUUGCUGCCCUCAACUUCGCCGGCAUAUACCACUUGACACCUCCUCCAAUAGAAAGCACGGACUACGGACAGGCAUACAAGAGGGUGGCCUGGCUUCUCCUGGGUACUUCGUUCACAGACAGAGCCAACGAAUACAGGGCGGUUGUAGGAUGCAGGGGAAUGGCAGCCCCAGGAUUCAGGAUUGACUUUCUGACUCCAUUGCUUAUGGGGGGUCUGCCGUGCUUUGCCAAGGCUGUUAUAUGCUGUUCAUCGCUGGUCCUCGUUUGGAAGUCGCACUGGAUGUGCUUUGCGGCAUACUCCCUGUCCCUUCCUCCUGUGGAGUGGGCGUGUGUAUGUCUUUCGCUUUUCUGUGACUUUACUCCUGGACAUCCCUUUUAUAGACUGGUCAGUGCCCAGGUUUUAUACUUCGCGAUCAACCGGGGCGAGGUCUGGAGCGGUUGA